AUGAAGUUUUCCAUCCUUCUCACCCUCCUCCCUAUGGCCAUGGCCUCCCCUAUUGCCGCUGCCUCCCCCGAGGCUCCUGCUUCCGAUCUCGCCGCCAGACUUAACUACCCCAAGCCCUGCCCUGCAUACUAUGCCUGCAUUGAAGAAAAGGGCGACGAAUACUGCGACACUUGCAUAUGCAACCCUACUACGUGGGCUUGUGAGCUAAGAAAUGCCUGGUAA